AUGGAGGAUUUUACAUUUUAUUCCGAUGAUUUGGUAAUAUUUUGUUCGGAAUUUGAUAACCUUGCAAAGACUGAAAUUACGGACUCAAUGCUUGAGAAAACUUUUGUUGCUUCCCCUAUAAGCUCCUCCUUUAUAGCGAAUGACAUUCCAGCUACCGAUUUAGCUAUAAAGGUACCUCCCUGCGACACGGAGCUGUUCUAUGGAGGCUACGAAGAAUGGCCAGCAUUUAGAGACAUGUUCUCUGCGGUAUAUGUCGAUCACCCUAGACUACCGCCUGUUCAAAAGCUUUAUCACCUCCGCCUCAAGUGUCGCGGGCAGGCAGGAGAGAUUGUGAAGAAGUAUAAGCUCUGCGGUGAAAAUUUUUGCUUAGCAUGGGAGGCUUUGCGUAUGAGGUACGAAAAUAAAAGGAUAUUAGUGGACAAUCAACUUAAAAUUCUUCUAAAUUUACCUCCCAUUACUUCCGAAAGUUGUGAGUCCCUUCAAUACUUGCGAAGCACAAUUAAUGACUGCCUCUCUGCUCUGAAGGCGCAGAAUAUCUCGACAAAGGACUGGGAUCCUAUACUUAUUUACAUUUGCUCCACUAAACUUCCCCACGAAACUCUCUCCCUGUGGGAACAGUCCCUGAAAUCUCACAAGGAACUUCCAGAAUGGGAACAAAUGGACACCUUUCUCUCACAUAGGUAUGAAGUGGUGGAACGUUUGAAUAGCAUUCAAGAUGCACGACCUGCAACUAAAGAAAUUCAUAGGGAAAGUACUACUGUGACCAAGAAUGAAGCCAGUUUCCCGUGCAAGAUAUGCAAACUUAACCACCCAUUGAAACAAUGCCCAGAAUUUAAAAAGCUUGACCCACAAUCUCGAAGCACAUUUGUCUCCUUAAAUAACAUAUGCAUUAAUUGUCUCUCUUAUACUCAUACUCGGAAGAACUGUCAGAGCAAAUUCACAUGCAACACUUGUAACAAGAACCAUCAUUCACUACUGCAUUUUACCCGAAAUGGAGCUAGUUCUAAUCAAAAAAGCUAUAGUCCAAAAUCACCGGUUAGCGACGAAUCUCAGGCCCCAGAAGAAGCCCCGGAUUCUUCUUAUACGCAUCACAGCAAUGUAACUUUGGAAACAGCUUCACACUUUACUUCUAAUGCUGACAAUUCUUGGAAAGGAAACACUUUGCUACCUACUGCUGUUGUCCAAAUAAAGCACAAUGGUGAUUUGUUAAAAGCAAGAGCUUUUCUUGAUCAAGGCUCUGAGCGCUCUUUUGUUUCGAAGACUCUUCAGCAGCGAUUAAAGCUUGUGGUUGAGAAUAAGAAUUUCCAGAUCCAUGGAAUGGGUGGUGAAAUUGUGGCAAAUUCUAAUUCCAUAUGUUCGUUAACUCUGUAUUCAGAGAAGCAUGAGAUUGAGGUGAAUUUGGGAGCGAUAGUUGUCCCAAGAAUCACAAGGCUUUUACCUAAUUUCGAGAUAGCCAAGUCACAAACCAAUUUUAGUGGCAUAGAGGGUUUGGAACUCGCAGACCCUGAUUUCUACACUCCUGGGAAUGUAGACUUGCUCCUCGGCAGCGAUGUGAUGCCCUCUCUUCUCAUAAACGGGUUACGUAAGAUUUCUGAAUCUCUCCUUGCUCAAGCCACAAUAUUCGGUUGGAUUAUUAGCGGGCCUAUUCAGUGUCAAUCUGUUUCGGCAUUCUCCAUUGGAAUUUCUGAAAUGGAUGACGAAGCCAUUAGUACACAACUCAGAAGAUUUUGGGAGCAGGAAGAGAUACCGAAUAAGAUUCCCUUUUCGAAAGAAGAUGAGUUCUGCGAAUCUCUGUAUUUGAAGACCACGUAUAGGAAUAAGGAUGGCCGAUAUGUGGUUAAACUUCCAUUCAAACCUGGGUUUCCACGGGAGAUGCCUUUGGGGUGUUCUCGUUCUAAAGCCCUCAUCCAGUUUAUUGGUAUGGAAAAUUCUUUGAAAAAAAAUUCCGAGUUUGCCGAAACUUAUCGAAAUGUUUUGGCCGAAUAUUUGACACUUGGUCAUAUGACACCAACAUCAUCUCAGGAAAUAAUUUCCCAAGGUUCAUUUCACUCAUAUUAUAUGCCUCACCAUGCGGUUAUGAAGCCCGACAGUCGGAGUACUAAGCUAAGGGUAGUCUUCAAUGCUUCAAGGAAAAGUAACUCAGGCAACUCCUUAAAUGACAUCUUAUUAGUUGGACCAACCCUACAACUGGACCUCAUGACCCUGAUCGUUAAUUGGCGGCUAUAUCAGUACGUUUUUUGCGGUGAUAUAGAAAAGAUGUAUCGCCAGAUCUUGGUCCAUGAUGGAGACACUCCCUUUCAACGAAUCGUCUUUCGGAUGAACCCAUGCGAUCCCAUUCAAGACUUCACACUCCGAACGGUGACAUUUGGUGUAAAUUGUGCACCAUAUUUAGCCAUCAGGACAUUAUUACAGCUUGCCAAAGACUCUGAGGAUCGUUUUCCUCAGGCAGCACAUAUUUUAAGAAAUGAGACAUACGUAGACGAUAUUCUGACAGGCUCUCAUGAUUUAAAUUCGGCUAUAAAAGUGCUCUCUCAAAUCAUUACGGUAUUGGAAUCUGCUGGAUUUCAUUUGAGAAAAAUAUCGCCAAACACCAAAGAUAUACUGGAAUCCGUUCCCAACGAAUCACUCUUAGAUUGUGACUUUCUCAAGUUCGCAGAAACAAGCGGUACUAAAACGCUUGGAAUACAGUGGAACGCGCUGAAAGAUUGUUUUUCAUAUAAAAUAGAACCCAUAGAAAAACAAUUAGAUAUUACAAAAAGAAAAAUACUGUCCACUGUCGCAAAAAUAUUUGACCCGGCGGGGUGGAUUUCGCCCAUUAUAAUCCAGUCAAAAAUGCUCCUACAACAUCUCUGGUUGGAAGGAACUAAGUGGGAUGAAAGCGUCAAACCCAAUACCCUGCUCAAGUGGAAUCAAUUUGUAGAUAACAUACAGCUAAUACCCAACAUACAUAUUCCUCGCUGGGUAAAGUUUGCCCCCCUUGUCUCUACGCAGAUUCACGGUUUCUGUGACGCGUCUGAGAAGGCGUAUUGCGCGGUUAUCUAUUUACGUGUCCAAAGAAAUCAAUCAGCGGAAUCUAAUUUAUUUGUGUCAAAAACCAAAGUGGCUCCGCUAGAACCCGUAAGUCUACCAAGACUGGAAUUGUGUGGUGCUCUACUUCUCUCUCGGUUGGUGAAAAAAGUACUGUUUCAACUCCCGAUAAAUAAUUAUGACCUCUACUUAUGGUGUGACUCAUCGAUUGUCCUCGGCUGGUUAGAAAAACCGCCAUCAUCAUGGAAGACAUACGUCGCUAAUAGGACAGCAGAAAUUAUUCGAAAUAUUGGUAACAUUUCAUGGCGUCACAUUCGAUCAGCAGACAAUCCAGCAGAUGUGGGUUCUAGGGGUUGUAAUACUAUGGACCUCAUGCAGAAUUCCUUGUGGUGGAAGGGUCCAACAUGGCUUAUAGAGCCGCCAAACGAAUGGCCAAAGUCUCUUCCUGCAUAUAUUGACCCGCCCGAAAAGAAAAAGAUAAAUGUUUUCCAUAUGAACGAAAUUGAAGAUCCCUUAGAAAGAUUUUCAAGGUGGGACCGCGCCAUACGAGUAAUUUGCUAUGUACGAAGGUUUUUGCAUAACUCCCACAAAGAAAAACGACAACAACACACUCAAGACUCCAAAAUUAUAACACAUUCCGAAUUCACCGAAACAAAAAACUUGCUAAUUACUUUGGCCCAAAGGCAGUACUAUGGCAAGGAAUAUCAUUCACUUUUGACGUCAAAACCUAUUAGCAAGAAAAGUCCUUUAUAUUCUCUAAAUCCUUUUAUUGAUAAAUGUGGGGUACUCAGAGCCUCAGGCAGAAUCUCAAAUUCAGAUUUCGCCUUUAACGAACGCCAUCCCAUCAUAGUCCCCGUAAAGUCCAAAUAUUGCACUUUAUUAAUCGAGUUUACUCACAUUUUUUUGAUGCACGCCGAACACAACCUAAUGAUAAGGACAAUUCGAAGCGAAUAUUAUGUAUCGAGGCUUAGAUCAGCAAUAAAGAAAUGCAUACAUCAAUGCAAAACUUGCAUUGCAUAUAAACAGCGCCUCCAAACACAGUUCAUGGCAGCAUUGCCUAUUGAACGAAGCAAAUUUUCCCCUCCGUUCACCGUAACAGGUCUAGAUUUCGCGGGACCAUUUCCAAUAAAGGUGUCUCGACUACGACAGGCUACAUUUCUUAAAGGUUAUGUUUGCAUUUUUAUUUGUCUAAGUACGAAAUCCAUCCAUUUGGAACUCUGCUCGGACCUUUCAUCUGCCUCAUUUCGGGCUGCCUUUGUAAGAUUUGUUGGAAGGCGAGGCCUGCCACAAAAGUUGAUGUCGGAUAAUGGUACUAAUUUUGUGGGGGCUGAGAGAGCAUUUAAUUUCCAAUAUGUCCAUUUUCUCAAAGCCAUAUCCAAGGAUAUUGUUGAAAAGUACGCUACACAUGGAUUUCAGUGGACCUUUAUUCCUCCCAACGCCCCACAUAUGGGGGGAAUUUGGGAAGCUGGGGUGAAAUCCUUUAAAAUGCAUUUUCGGAAAGUAACCCAGAAUGCCAAAUACACGUUCGAGGAAUUUUGCACCCUUUUAGUACGAAUCGAGGCGGUCUUAAAUUCUCGACCCCUAUCACCGAUGACGGACGAUCCUUUGGAAUUAUUAGCCUUGACCCCAGGUCACUUUUUACGAGGUGCUCCUAUGGUUGCUAUGCCGGAGGCUACUGACGAGACAUUUCCUAUUGUAGACAAAUGGGAUAAACUCAAAUCUAUCCAACACCAAUUUGCUCGGAGGUGGAAGGAUGAGUACAUUAAGGAACUUCAAAGCAGAUACAAGUGGCAGCGUUUGCAAAAGAAUUUAUCCGUAGACCAGUUCGUCCUUAUUAAAGACGACUCCUUGCCUCCGUGUGAAUGGCGGUUGGGUCGCAUUACAAAAGUUUAUCUAGGACCAGACGGUCUUGCCCGGGGACAGAAGAAAUUCCAGAAUCCAUCAAUGCCUAAUUUGUAA